UAUAAAUUACCUUGUCUUUAAAUCGUUCAAUUUAAAUAUGUGCAUGGUUAAAUAAAUAACGUAACAUAUUUCGACAUCUUGGAUCAUUAUAACGUAUCCUUAAAUAGAUACAAUGAUAGUUGGACACAGAAUCCUAGUUAUUUGACCAAAAAAAUACUGGAAUUAUGGCAGCAACAAGCAACGGAAAAUCUAAAUUUGAUUCAGUACAACAAGAGAUGCUAGGUCUAAUUGGUACAUCUAAACAGGAAAUUAAAAGAAAAUGCAUACCAACUGCAAAUAGAAAUAGCUUCCAACAUAUCCACAAAAAUGAUGGUAGAGAUAUUGAAAAAGACACUAAACAGUUUAACAGUGACGAUUUUGAAAGUAUGCCGCUGACGCAACUAGAAGAUAUACAUGUAACAGUGAGAACUUCAUCAGACGAAACAUGUGUCAAAGAACUGUCAGUAGAGAAAGAAAAUAGGAUAGAUGUAACAAGAGUUAAAGAACAGUCAUUAGAUCAAGCAAAUGGGAACAGUAGUACAUCAGACGAAACAAAAGUCAAGGAAUGUUCACCAGAGCAGGAAAAUUGGAUACACUUCACAAGGGUUAAUGAACCGUCGUUAGAUCAAGCGAAUGUAAACAGCACAGCGUAUUGUUUAAAUUCGACAGAGCGGGUUGUUAAAACAAACAUCUCUGUGUCGACAACAGUGAUAGAUGAAACAUUUGGUGGCCCACAUGCAAUGGCAAUACAACCAAUCAAUGCUGAAUUGGAAGAACGGAUUAGAGUGUUAGAAAAAGACAACAAAUUGUUAAAGGAAAGGAUGGACGAUUCUAAUAGAAAUGAAAAGGUCCUGCAAUUUAAAACAGACCAGAUCCAGUUAGCACAUGCUGAACAUGACACGAAUAUUAAAGCUUUAGAGCAAAAAUUUGAGUUCUUACAGUUGAAAGUACAGAUGCUUGAAAAUGAAAACCAAAAACUUAGACAAAGCAUGCGUUUUCCAACAACAGUAGAUGAAUGGUUGGGAAUAAGCAUUCAGAAUAUAGAAAAAAUGGUAUUGAACGACAAACUAGUCACAUAUUUCAGUAAAGCUCUCAUUCCGUCGCACCUCGGUAUAACUGGGGAGUACUUUGGAUUUACCGGAAGUGAGGUGUGCCACAUUAAGCAUGACACAAAGGACAGUGCCCGAGAAUUUUGUCGACAACUGCUCAAAACCUGGUGUAAUAAAAAAGGCGAAACAGCAACCAUCGGUGCUCUAUUAAAGACGCUUUAUGAAAUUUCACAACAGGAACCGACAUGCAUUGAUAUAAAAAGUAUAAACGAAGCUUUGAAAAAAGCAAACAAUUCUCAGAUUUUGUAGAAAUAUUUUUUUCACAAGAUUUCCCCUUUAUUGUGCUGUGCAACAAUGUGGUUCUGUAAAUGGCUAUUUUGCUAUUAUCACAAACAUAUAGGUAACUCCAUUGCAGAUUAAGAUGGGGUUAGGGUGGGAUGAUACGUUUUAUGCAAAGAAAAAAUGUGCGUUAUAUUCUGACAUAUUCAUAAUCACGAAUAUAUUUCGUACUUUUUCAAUAUAUUUAAGACGGAUUUUAGUCUUAUCGAGUUUAUUUGUAAUCCAUGUGGUUUAUAUUUUUUAGUUUUAGAUAAGGAUGUUGUAUCUAAAUUUAAAAGAAAUGUAGCUUUCAUGGAAA